CGUACGACGAGGAAGGUCAGCUGAUCCUGGCCGGCCUGCUCUGUCUGGACGUGUCCGAGGUCCGGACUUCGGACCCUCCCAGGCUCAUGAAGUGUCACGGCUCGGGGGGCUCGCAGCAAUGGGACUUGGGGGUCAGACGGUGUGCGCGGACGGGGCUUGCUACAAGAUGGCGCACUUUCACGACGUGUCCAGCCGCGUCGACUUCCAGGAGGCGGAGCUGGCCUGUCGCGUGGACGGCGGCGCGCUCGUCAGCAUACGCACCGCCGCCGAACAAAAUCGCAUCGAGACGCUGCUGGAGGACUUGCGUUCCGGCUCGGGAAUCUCGGACGGAGAUUUCUGGAUCGGUUUGACCCGGACGGAGGGCGAGGAGCGCGACGGCGCUUCCUGUCCGCAACGUUACAGGUGGAGCGACGGCAGCGCGGCGUCCUUCAGGAAGUGGUACCCGGACGAGCCCUCGUGCGGCGCCGAGUCCUGCGUGGUCAUGUAUCACCAGCCGGGGGCGCUUCCCGGAGCGGGCGGGGCUUACCUCUACCGAUGGAACGACGACCGCUGCUCCAUGAAGCAUAAUUUCAUCUGCAAAUAUCCGGACGAAAGCCGUCAGGAGGAGGAGGAGCAUGGCGACGGGGGGCGGGGCGCAGAUACCGCAGUGCGCGGGGGUCAGGUCACCGUCACUGGAGCUCCAGCUACGCUACUCUAUAGCAGGCCGCUGCUGUACGUGAGCCUGCCCGCCGUCCCGCUGGUGCUACUGAUGGCGGCGGCGGCCGCCACCGGUUGUUGCCGCGCGCUCGGCAGGAGACCGUCGGCGACGCUUUGGAUCUCCGAGACGCCCGAAGGCGACGUCGCCCCGACGGGACCCAGCGUCACGUUCCCGCCUCGCUGAGCCCGGCUGAUCUUUUCCCACAAUCGUCAAAGUAAAAUAAAAACAAAAAAACAAC